ACGUGCAUACUAUCAGGAAAUCCCUACUCUAAAGAUAACUGAAUUCAUAUAUGUCAAACCGAGAUCACUAUGUCCGCAGUUGCGUUUAUAACGCGAGGGUGUUAUAUUCUAAAUAUCAGCUGCUGACUUUCAUGUCAAAGAAACAUCUUAUUUGAAAGAACAGGUCAAAAAGAUCAAUCAUGUCUAAUAAUACAAAUUGGCAAUGGGUCUUAUUUUAUCUACUUAUUGUAUAUGCACGAUCGUCAAGUCAGGCAUCGACGCCAGCUUCAAAGAGCUAUAUAGCCGCGGUCGUAGAAUUUUCACCGGAAAAAUUGGCCAAUAACAGCAAACUCACUUUGCAAAUCAAUACAUUGAGAUAUUUGAAACUCAUAGAUGAUGCUGGUAAACAGAACGCCGACAUUGUUGUUUUUCCCGAGAAUGGUAUAACUGGUUAUGAAUUUCCAGAGAGAAGUGAAUUGGACCCGUGGACAACGGUGAUACCCUCGGCUGAUGCGGAAUAUACACCUUGUAUUACAAAUAUGAAUGGCGUUAGCGAGGUACUGAAGAACAUAUCAUGCGCCGCUAGAAAUAAUAAAAUAUACACCGUCAUUAAUAUUGCCGAAAAAGAACAUUGUACGGGCAGUAAUUGUCCAGAAGAUAAAGUAUUUUAUUAUAACACCAACGUUGUAUUCGAUCGCAGUGGCACGAUAAUAGCAAAAUACCGCAAAGUAAAUCUUUUUGUGGAACCUGGGUUUGAUAGUCCGGCACGUCCAGAUGUGGUAACAUUCGAUACGGAUUUUGGUGUUAAAUUCGGAACUUUCAUUUGUUUCGAUAUUCUAUUCGCAAACCCUUCCUUGAUUUUAACAAGAAAUCGUGUAGUUACCGAUAUUGUUUUUACAACGGCAUGGUUCUCUGAGACUCCAUUUUUAACUUCCAUUCAGACACAAUCAGGUUGGGCGUUCUCGGAGAAUGUAAAUUUUUUGGCAGCUGGAUACAAUAAUCCCAUAAGGGGUACUACCGGCAGCGGAAUUUAUUUCGGUCGCAAUGGGAUAAGCAAAGCCGUAAUAUUAAAAAAUCCAGGUACCAAAUUAUUAGUCGGAGAAGUUCCUAAGAUGCCGAGGAGGAUUUUAUCACCUGAGAAUGUCAUAGGCAAAGAACAUCCCGAAAUCGUAUACGGAAAGUCAAAAGUGAGCGAACAUGUUCACAAUGAACUAAGGAGAAAACGUGAAGUAAUGGAAGACUCCAUGAUAUUAUUACGUGAAAAUGUUACUUCAUAUCAAACAGAAAUAUUGGAGGGCGAUGUUACGAAGACCUUGUGUCAUAAUAAUCACUGUUGUCGUUUCUCGAUUGAAACAAUUAAGUUAGAUAAGAAGGUACAAUACCGAUUGGUUGUUUUCAAUGGGAUUCGCCUUAUUGCGAAUGAGUUACGUUCGAUGGGUGUGCGGAUCUGCUCAGUAAUACAAUGUUCCGACAAUACCUUGCAAUCUUGUGGAUCUGUUAUCGAGUCCGAAACGAUUUUCAACAAAAUCAGCAUAUCAGGAAAAUUCGACAACUCGAAGUAUUCUUUGAUUAUGCCAAAUACUCUGGGCCAAACGUUGUUGCCGUUACAUGACUGGUCGUUUAAAGAAUAUUCAUUCGGCGAUCACAGACACGUGUAUAUGUCUUCGAACGGAACGUUAACAAAUCCAAUUUCAUUCGGUAUUUAUGCCAGAGAUAAUAACAGGGAUAACUCUGUAAUCUAAUAAAUGAUAUUGCUGCUUCAAGCAAUAUCACCUCCUAUUA